CUUUUGAUAGCGCAGUUGACCAUCUCGUUGGUUAUGGUCAUAUAUUGCUACAACACUUCAUACAAGGUUAUGUCAUUGUUGAAAAACAUACAUAAGUUUAAAGUCUACCUGAUCUACGCGUUGAUCCUAUUACAAGCGUAUUGCAUGAAACUACACUACACUAGUGGGUUCCGCUUGGUCACUUGGUUGCUCCGCGACCAGCACUGGGGCAGGACGGCCCCCGUGUCUCGAGUGUGGCUUCUCAGUGGAACAUUGCUUGCUGCUAAUGGACUACUAAUACAUGCUGCCUGUAAGACAACUCUCAAGGCUCUAAUGAAAGAGUUAUCGUCAACUCUGCGCUUUGGCAUGUCUCAGUAUCUCACUGAGCCAACAUGGAAACGAUUUAUCGACACGAUGCAGAUAGAGCUGAACUGCUGUGGCGCGGACCAUCCAAACGACUGGCACGAAAUUCCCUGGAUGAACAUCGAUUUCCUGAACGAGGAUGAAGACAUUGUUAUGAAGUUAUCGGGAAUUGACGGUAAAGUGUUGCUCCCCGCCUCUCCCUAUUCGUGUUGUUCGCCACACGUCUUGACCGCCUGCUUUCACGAUCCCUUACAGCAAAGGUACGGCGAGGACGCAGACGCGGCGCGGUCGCUCCAGAAGCGCGGCUGCGUGCGCGCCGCGGAGGCGCCGCUCGUGCGUGUGUCGCUCGCUGUACACGCGCUAGUUGGCCUCGCUGUUCUUCUACAGGUAGUUAUUGUUCUACUGACGCUGUUGAUACGUAGCACGCAGCAACAACCGGAGGAAGUGGAGUCGAGCGCGAGCGAUCAACGCCGCGAACAGCGCACUCGCAGUUUUCCUUACCUCUCGUAGUAGUAAGGUUGUUUGAUUAUGUAAUUUAAUAAAUGUUUACUGAUA